AUGCCGUCACUGCUUCUCGUCGUGAUCCUGGUCGAGCUGGCUGUUCACCUCGUGAACACCAUCGGCGCAGCGACCCUAAACAACAUGCUAUGGAACCUAUACCUGGCCGUACCGACCCAAACCUCGAAACUGGGCGCCGAGCAGAGACAGCUUCAGAAGGAAUCCCUGGCACUCCGACGCGACCUCAACGCUACGAGCAGUCAGGACCAGUUCGCGAAGUGGGCGAAGCUCAGACGACAACAUGACAAAGUUCUUGAACAGAUCGAGAAAACGAAAUCAACCCACGAAGCCGCGAAAGCGAAGUUCGACCGCACCGCCGGAAUCAUACGAUGGUCUGCUACGUCGGGGGUCAAGUUCAUAUUGCCGUGGAUCUAUGGCAAGGAGCCUAUGUUCUGGCUUCCCCAUGGCUGGUUCCCAUACUACGUCGAAUGGAUACUGUGCUUCCCACGAGCGCCUCUCGGCAGCAUCAGCAUCGGCUCAUGGCAGGUGGCGUGUACAGUGGUGGUGAUGCUUAUAAACGACACGAUCACGGCUAUCCUGGGGCUGAUGCUGGGCGCGAAGACGGCCCAGAAGCAGGAGCUGAAGGAACCCGCGAAGGCCGGCGGGGAGAAGAAGGGAGCGGCAGCAGUGUCACAGGGAGCAAAGAGGGAGAAGGAAUUGUGA